GCGGUUGUCAAACCGGUAUUAUAACUUCACGAAAAGGAUCGCUUCGUUUUGAAAAAUGAAAAUAAAAAGAAGAAUUUCCAUAAUUUCUUGUUUGUGAUGAUGUGAUGGUGAUUUUUCCCGUUUAAUUAAUUGUUUAGGAUUCGUAUUUUCUGGCUUAUAUAGGCCUAUAUAAAACCUGAAAUAAAAAUAAAAAGAACCGAAUGGCCACCGACAGCGACAUUUGUAGAAUUUGCGUCCAAGAAGUGAAUGAUUAUGAGGAGGCCAAAGACAUUGAUUUGGGCAAGCUGAGGAAUCUCAUAAAAACGAACGUUUUACCUAAAUGGAAACCAGAAGACUUCCAGAACCACUUAAUAUGCGGCACUUGCAUCACAAAUUGUCGCACGAUGCAGACGUUGCGCCGCUACGUAAAAAGUUCAAACGGCACGUUGUUGAACUACCGUAAGGAAGCACGGAAAUUCAAAAAAAAGCCAACCAAAUUUGAUCUGAGGCUGGCGCCACGGUUCAAAGACGUGCCUAAGGAAUUGGAAAUUUGCCGCCUGUGCUCGGAAGCCACCGAAUCUCAACACGUCGCCAUUUACCUCUAUGAUAAUGACAUUAAUCUUCUACCAUUGACUAAUGUCGACAAAAUGCUAAAGGCAAUUGGGAUUUUUUUGAGGAAUUUAGAAGAUACAUUAAAACCAAUAAUGUGCUGCACUUGUUGGCAAAGGGUUCAAGUAUGUUACGCCUUUCGAGCUCGUUUAAAUGCAGUCACAGAAAAAGUGCAACAUUAUCGAAGACUCCAUGAAACAACUUACGAAACCAGAAACGAUUUAAAUGACAUAAAAAUAAUGUGGCAUCUUUUGGCAAUACCGGAACCUCUUGAAGAAGAUGACGAUGAUGAUAUGCCAAUAAUAGAUGUUUGUACAGUUGAAAGCCCAGUAAAACCUAGUCAUAAGCCUGAGCCCACAGUCCUAAUGGACCACCGACUACCAUCAGUCUAUUUAAAGCGAUUGAAUGUGAAUAUCGAACAAAUGCCUUUACUAACAUCAGAAAUAGAUUCAGAAGAUUCCAAGACAACUAAAAACGAAAUACGCAAAAGUCUUCGUACAAGUACAAAGACUGCCAAAGUGACAAACACUAAUGAAUUUACUACAAAAAUUAUCCAAGUUAAAACACCAAAAGUGACCACGAGACGUACAAGGUUGAGCAUCAAAAACCAAAUCGAUCAAGAGUCUGACUACAACGAUUUGCUGAUGCUAACCAAAGAGGAAAUCAUUAGGCCUUUCAGGCAGCAAAAACGCAAAAACGCACCUUUGCUGAAACCCAGCGAACCAGCAAUCAAGGAAAUUUUAGCUGACACCAAAAAAUCCAACCUCGAGUAUGCUUCGUUUGAGGCUCGGUGUCAGGGGUUUAUUUCUGAUAGCGAUGAUGAAUUUGUUGAGAGCACCGGUCCUUUAAAUAAUAGUAAUGAUAGAUGCCCAAUCAUUUCGCCUGUACCUCAAGAAAUAAUUAUGGAUCUGGACGACUACGACAGCCCUCCAGAGCUGGAGCUGCAAGGGCCUUGUGAACCGGACUAUUUCCCAAUGGCGAAACCGUAUUCACUGGACGAAAAACGAAUCAACAACCAAAUCAUUGCCGAUCUACAACCAGAAGAAAUUCCAAAAAAACCAGUAUUGACAGUCAGGAAAGAUUUAUUGCAGCCCCAAAAAACUGUGGAACCAGCAAAAACAGUAGAACCAGUACGGAUCAAUUUGCUUACCAUGGAGGUCAGCAAUAAACCUUCACCCACCAAAGCGGUGAAAAUUCACUCAAAUAUAAAAUUGAGAAGUUCGGAUAUUGAUUCAAAAAAAAACUCUCUCCCGCAAGUCCUUACAAAAAAACAAAAUCCUCCAUCAUUGACUGGCCCUCAAGUCUUUACAAAAACGUUAAGUCCUCCAUUAUUAACUGUCACUCAAGUAUUGACAAAAACCCAAAAUCCACCACUAUUGACUGGCACUCAACUCUUUACAAAUACGCAAAUUCCUCCAGCAUUGACUCAAGUCCUUACGAGAACGCAGAAACCACCCUUAAAUCCUCCCUUAUUGACUCCUUUGCCCCAAUCCAAGACAACAACUACCAAUAACGAAGAAUUCAAAUCUGGUGAUAGAGUUUUAUUGACUUUCGAUAAUUGUCCAAUGAAGCGUAAGGAUGCAUCUAAAGAUGGCAAUAGCUUGUUGCCGAAACGUCAAAAAAUAGCAGCAACAAUUCAACAAUUACCGGAAACUAAUGGAAUUGGAGACAAAGCAACUAAUAUACCAAUAAGUAAUAAUCAAUUAUCAACUGCCAAUAAUAGAUCUUUGUUAAUUCAAAAAUCACCUGUUAAAAAUGCAAUAACACAAUUGGUUAGAAAAUCAGAGACUGGCAACAAAACAUCAAAUGAAUUAUUACAACCUGAUAACAACUCGUUGAUAACUAAUAGAACAUAUCAAUUAUUCUCAUCUGGUACCGCAACUCAAGCUACAUUAAGCAAAUUAGAAACAAGAAUGUCUUUCAACAGUCAGAAAACCUAUCGAAAAAUAGCACCCAAGAAUUCAGCUCCAAAAUCAAUAAAAACUCCUUCUCCAAAUGCAAAAGUUCCUGGCAUCUACAACCAACAACCUCAAAAUAUCGAUUACAAUAAUCCAGCUGUAAUGAUUCCAGUAGGCAUAAAUAAUCUACCACAAAACAUCAAAAACUUGGCCCAACUACCAAAAUCGAAUUCCACCAAGCACCCGAUAGUUGAAAAAAUCGUCUUCCUAGAUAACGGCGAAGUGAGGCUGCAACCUGUAACUUCCGAAUCUCAAACGACCAAUCAGCCGCUUAAAAAAGUGACCAACCCGAAGCAAGUAAUUAUAAGGCAAGUUCCGGCGAAACCCAAAAUAUCAGAAGCACCUGUGCAAAAUUCUCCACUGUCUACCAGUACCCCGGUCCAGGUACAAAGACUUGUGAGUGAAUUUAUUUUGAUUUCGUCUGAUGAGGAAGAUGAACCCCAACCGAAAUCGUAAUAAGGUAGAAAUGUACCUUUAUGUUGUGUUGUUAUAAUAAUUAUGGAUUAAGAUGAGUGUAGUACAUAUUAUCAUUCGGAUAACUUUUUAUAAUAUAUGAUUGUAAUAGGCGUAAUAAGUUCAUAUGUAUAUGUAUAUAUAGAGUUAAAGGCUGGUGAAUUAAAAAUGAAAUACAAUUAA